AUGCAUUGUGACGCAGCGCUGAUUCUGUCGGCUUGUGCUCUGUUUGUGCCACAAUCCUUGGUUGAGUCAAUCUCGUUUCAAAGCCAUUCUCUGGUUUGGGAUGUGUCAACAUCACCAGUUCUCGGGGCGGGGAGCACGAGAGAGAAGGGAAAAUUGAGGAGGGGGCGACCGCGUGCUGGCCUGUUCUAUGUGGUGUUUGGGGUCGGCACGUGGGCGUUUUUCCUGUCAGCCAGCGCCUGUGGCGGCUCGGCUCCGGCUCGCUCGCUGCCCGUCCAGGUGCCGCUCAGCUGGCUCCUGCAGCUCGCCGACCCAGUCGCCAUGGGAACUCGGCGGGCGGAGGGGGAGGGGCGCGCUCUGCCUUCUGCUGCCGGGCCUGCCCCAGCGCCGCGCGCGCUCCUUCCUGCUCGCCUGGCUUCGGCUCUCCUCCCCCUCCCCCCCUCUCGCCUCCGCCAAUCCGGAGAGGAGCCUCGGAGCCCAGCUAUGUGUGUCCUGGAGGUAUUUCAGGGUUACUAUAGGAACGGGAAGGGAGAGGGAGAGAACGAAGGCGAGGGGAAGAAAGCUGCCCCCCCUUGCCCCCCCACCCCGAUCCUUCCCAUCCCGCCCCUUCUCCCAAGGCCCCGAGUCAGGUGCCAGGCCACGGCUGCGAAGUCAGGGGGAGGGAGGCAGGCAGCGCCUGUCCUCCGCCAUCCUCCUCGCGCCGUCCCGGCCCCAGAGCCUCGCUGCUGCUGUUGCUGCCGCCUUCGCCUGCCCUGCACGCGGCUGGGGACUCCUCCUCGCAGACCCGCUGCCGCGCCACACGCACGCGCGGCGGGAGAGGAGGGGGUGGCGGAGGGAGGGGGUGAGGAGCGUCUGUUCUCGGCCCUUCCUCCCUCCCUCCCUCCCUCCCUCUCCGCUCAGGGUGCUUCUGUUCAUCGCGCCGGGAAAGAUGCUACAGUUGGGCGAGAGGAGCCUGGCAACGCCACGGACCCUGCGGAUGCCAGAGCUGCAGCUUGGCUUGGAGGGGAAAGGGAGCGUCGGGCAGGAAGAAGGGGCAGUCGCAUCGAAUGAAGGGCCUCGAGGUGGCAUUUUGGGUGCGAAGGGGGCAAAGGCACACAGUGGCGUCACCCGGUGGCACGGGCAGCUUCCACCCCACCCCCCGCCCUGCGGUAUGCCAACUCCCUACAGCCCGAUCCUGUGCAGAGUGUUUUUCUUUCUUUCUUUCCUGUAGUAACUCCGGCCAACGCGACUUCCUCCCGAGUCAUUGUGCUGCACAGGAUCGCAAGCCGGCCCUAAUUCCUCGUGGCCAGGUUUGUGUCAAUUUGUGCCCCCAAGCGCCGCUAAGGCUUGCUUUCGUUCUCGUUCACGCCGCUGCACACUUCAUAUAGGAGAGUAUUCCACAUCUCAUUUUUGCCAUCGUUCGUUCUUUUGUUUUGCCAAGGCCCCUGGGAGGCUUGCAGUGGGUCAGGCCGGCCUAGGGAAACUACUAGAGCAGCCAGGCACAGCAUAUGGCCCCCUUCUAAGCUGCCAGCAAUAAGCCCUUUGAUUCAUCCUGUUGUGCAUCUCCCCCAAGGUGUAUGCUAAGCUCAGGGUGUGUGAGAUAUUUUCCUACAUUUUUAUUUUAAUGUUUUAGGCAAAACAGGUGAGAUGUCGGAGACAGGCAAUUUUUUGCAAGAGAAAUCAUAUAGAAAUUGGAGGCCCAACAAAUUAUCUGUACUAUAGUGUUGAAAGCCCUUUGGGGUUUUGUUGUUAUUGUUGUUACAGCAUAUGGCUUAUUGACUGAGGGUGGAGAGAGAAUUGUCUGCCACUUGCUAAACCAAUGGUAGGCACGCAGGCAGUUUUCUCAAAAAAAACCCACCCCUGAAGUUAAAUAUGAAGUGUGUGUGAGUUUGCACACACAUGCACAUACCACAUAUUUUAGCCAGCACAGAGGUUUUGUGGUGUUUUUGACUAUAAGAUUCAGUUCUUAUAUAAGACUAGCAUCACAGUAUAAAAAGCUGCAGUAAACAUAUUAGACAAGCAUAAACGUCUGGUUCCAAAGCAGCACUAAAGUCCAAAUAUCUCUUACUUUAUUUCCUCCACCCUUAAUUUACAGAAUUUUGGAUGGCCCUCAUAAUUUUUAUUUGAAUCUUGUUUCUGUUAGAAUGUAUGCAGAUUGUGUAUUUAUUGAAGGAGGAAAGUACAGUGUCAAGUGCUAAUUAAAAUCAGGGUUAUAGAACUUUUGUUACUGAGCUAAAUGUGCUCCUCUUUCCAUUUCCACUUGGCUUGUGACAACUCCUUCACAGCCUUAAUUAAUAUGCCCCCGCUCGGUUUUUGAUCUGGUCCCACUCCCAUUUCUGUGGGAAUAUAACUGGAAGACCUGGGCAAGAUACAAGACAAGAAGUCUUUAGUUUCUAGGGGAGAAAUAACCCAAAAAUGGGAAAUCUGUUCUUUCCUCCAGUCUCUGCAGCGAAUAUAUUAUUGGAGUUGUUCCACACAGUCCCUAAUCAAGCUGGUGCAGAUGAAGGAGGAGGGAAGGAUUACUUAUGUGUGCCUGUAUGAACAAUUCCAGAAGGAUAAUUUGAGAAAAGUCAUUUGUGUCAUUCCUUGUGCUGUUGCCUGGUAGUCCAAAGAGUAGAUCUGAGAUGUCAGCACUAUCAUUGCAAGGGGCACAGUCUAAACUGCAGAUUGUUGCCCAAUAUGACACUAAUCUCUAUGUGUUGGGUGGGGGUGGGCAGAUAAGACUUCUCACAUUUCCCAGGCAUACAAUCUGCAGUGCAGGGAGCUGCCAUCUUGAUGCCACAUCCAAUGCUGUUUUCAACUAACUGCAGUUUGUUGCUUCAUCCAGAUUCAGACAAACUAUGGUUAGUUAUAAUUAGGGCUUGUCGAAACAAACAUACAUCAAACAGUGGCUGAUGAUGAAAAAUACCCACACUUCCUGGUUCAGACAAAAUGACAAACUGGUUGGUUGAAAAUGGAGGUGGCUGCUUCUGAUUUCCUUCUCACUGUCCCAGCAGCACCAGCACAGAGCACCAGAGGAAGAGAGGGGAUCAAGUCUAUGCAUAUUAACUCUGAUUUAAUAUAGGGGGCAGAGAGCCUGUGGCCCUCCAGAUGUUAUUGGACUCCAACUCCAAUCAUCCCUAUUGCCCAUGCUGACUGAGGCUCAUGGGAGUUGGAGUCCAACAAUGUUUGGAGGGCCGCAUGUUCCUGAACCCUAGAUUACCAUUACAUCCAGACCAGACAAUUAAUUAAUUAAUUAAUUAAUUUUAUAUUCUGCCCUUCAUCUGAAGCACUCAGGGCAGUUCAGAAGAUUAAAAAAAAUACAGGAUAGAAGCACAAAAUAAACAAAGCAAUAACCCCGCCUCCCACAAACACAUUUAAAAGGCCGUAGAAUAUUAGUCAGCCAAAGGCCUGGUUGAAGAGAAACAUUUCUGCAUGGUUUCUAAAGAUGUAUUAUGAAGGUGCCAGACAAGCCCCCCUUGGGAGAGCAUUUCACAAACAGGGAGCCACUGCAGAAAAGGCCUGUUCUUGUGUGGCCACCCUCCAGACCUCUCGCGGAGGAAGAAGGGCCUCAUAUGAUGAUCACGGAGUCCAGGUUGGUUUAUAUGGUGAGAGACAGUUCUUGAGCUAUUGUGGUCCUGAGCACUAUGCUAGCUUUGCCUGACUCCUAAAUUUGAUGAGCAAGCAUUUGAUCUUGCCUCAAUCCAUGUAAAUGCCUACACUGGUGGGUUAUGUUUGGGAUUAAAUAUUUUGCUUCAUUCAAGAUUCCGCUUUGGGAUCAGCAUGUCUAUGAUUUGACCAGAAUAGUUAUUUCUUUAUUCAGUAUUUGGUUUUUUGAAUUUCAGUGGCGCGGCGCCCUGUGUGAGGCCAAAAUUUGGUGCCCUCUCGCCUCUCACCUUCUGUUUGGCUCAAUUCACCAUGUCAUAAUUUUGAUGCCCUGUGGCACCUACUACGCUCAGCACCCAGUGUGGCAGAACCCUAAAUCCGCCUGGUAUACACAGCAUAUCUCUUGCUUUGCUUUCAUCAGUUGUCAAAGAGGUUUGCAGGUUUUUGAAGCACAAUAAAAAACACGAAUACUCAGACUGAUCAGAAUAAAACAAAUUGUCUACAUACUAUGAACAAUCAUGGCUCUGUCCUAUCACUUUCAGCUCCCUCUCUUCUCAUCCUCACUAUUCUCUGGCCCCAGCCUUCAAUAAUAACCCAGAAAUAAAAUAAUUUGAUUACUCUGUUACAGUUUUCUUAAGUCAUCUAAAGUUUUGCUAAGAGAAAGAUGAAAUACUGCUACAGAUUGCUGUGGGCGGACUGGACCUUAUGGGAUCAUAUGAUAAGUGGUGUUUUUAUUUUACUGUAUUCUAGAUUUAGAAAACAAUAAAAAAAAAUCCCUCAUAGAAAGUUUAGAUUACAUCUCGUUAGUUGCAACUUAGUAUGUCCCCCCAGGCAAUGAUUUAACAAUUAGCAUUCAGCUAGCACUAUUGAAAGACUGGUCUUACUGCCUGUUGAUUUGUAUCCUGGCAUUUGUUUUGUAUUAAGGAACAACUAUUAUAUACUGCGUGUGCACAUGUAUGAUAAUAUAUGUAACACCCCUUGUCUUAGAGUAGGCUCAUUGAAAUCAUUAGGACUGACUUCUGAGUUGGCAUGGUUUGGACUACAUUGUCUGAAGCGAAAGGCAGAAGAGAUGUGAACCUAUAGACAUUUGCAGAUAAGGCUUUUGUUUGCAACAUCUAUUGGGUCCAUUCACUAUUCAUUCUCUCACUCACAAACCAUUUCACACUAUUCACACACUCCAUUCAUGUCCCACUCUGUCUAAUCUAUAGCAUCCACACAUUCAGUUGAGUAUCAUUGUGUUGGGGCUGUCUCCAGCCUUCUCUGCACUCCUUUCCACCAACAGUUCCAUCUGCUUCUAAACUUAGUGAGAAGUUGUAAUGUUCACAAGCAUUUUAUAUAGUAUUUAAAUAGCUGAACUAAUUUCUAGGAAGAUCUUGCUUCAGUAUGGUGAAGCUAGAACUCUUAACAGCCAGUAGCUGUGCAGGGUUCAGUGUCUUUGAGCUAUGACCCCAGGCUCUUCUUUGGUCUUGUAUUCCUGAUUCAUAGUCACGUUCUAUGAUUUAGAUUUAAUAUGUCUCUCUAAAUGUGAAACAAAUUAUGCAAAAUUUUGUUUUGAUGUCCCAAAUAGAUAUUCUUAUUCUGUAAUAGCAGACACAUUUUAUUACUAACUUCCAAAUAUUAAGCACCUAAAUCCACAGUAAUAACAGUUAAAUGAAGUGAUAGAUGGCAAGAGGCCCAUUUGUGUUUAUAUGGAUUUUUUUCCUUGACUUUUUAAACAUCAGUUCAUUCCCAAUAAUCACUGCAGUGGUCCUGUACAGUAGGUCUCAUAAUCUAGGCGUGAGGAUGAAGGAUUACUAUUCUACAACCAGUUGAAUUCAGUAGUGUUAAAGUGAAUCAAGGGCAUGCAGUUCUCAGCUUAUUCUCUUAACUGCUGUGCUACUGCAUGGAUGUAUUGAGAACGAAGAAGGACUUUAUUCAAGUUGUAAAAGCUCUUUCUGAAAUUUCAACAUUUAUUUCUGCCCCCACUAUCUUACAGGGCUUGUCCUGUUAUUUGGCAGAGUGAGGCAACGGCCUCAGGUGGUGUGUGCUGGGAGGCAGUGGUGCCCCUCAGCUCUUCCUCCUGAGCUCCCUGACCAUACUCUCCUGUUGGGAGAAGAGAGCUGUGUGUGUCAUGCCUCUUGCCCUCCUGUUGGGUUGAAAUCACGACACCCUCCACCUUUAUAAUUACCCUGCUGAUCUCCCUCAGGGGCAGUGCAAUUCUCCAUUACUAAUAUUGAAGUAAGAUUUACUUCUAAAAGUGGCAUGGAUGCAUGUGUGUGCCAUUUUGUGCUUUGCCUCAGGUAGCAUAAUACCUUGGGCUAGCCUUGAUAGCUUGCUUUUAACCUUAUUUAUGUAUUUAAUCAGUCAGCUUAUCUUGUCACGGGUACCCCAAAGCAACUUACAACCAGACAAUAAACCCCACAUAGAUACCUGUACAUUAAAACCAAGAGGAAAAAGAAAUACCGUACAUAUAAAAUAGCCCACUCACUUCUAAAAGGCCACAAGUUACGGAGGAAAGUUUUUGCCUGGCACCUAAAGAUAUAUGUGGCACCAACCUUCACAGCACUGCAUUAGCGCACAGAGUGGGAGCCCAUUGAAAACUUGAAUACUUUAGCCAUAUUCUGGCAUUCAUCACUCCAGUGUUGAACAGCAUGUGAACAAUGAAUAGGUCUGCAUCAAGUAGCCCUUUCUGUGAAGUGGCAUGCAUCUAGGUUGCAGAUUCCUCUCACCAUAGACAUUUAUACCAGAGGUGGGGAACCUCCAGCCUCUGGGCCAAAUUGGACCUGAUACAGACCCCAGUUUGACUAUGUGGCCAUUUCCCCCAAACCACAGCCAUCUCCCCCAUGUCUGACAUCAUUUGUGAUAUCAGGUGUGAGGCAGGUAGACACAUGGCUUCCACGAAAAAAUUGGGAACCUUGAAGUGUGUUCUAAUUGUUUCUUGGCAAGCAAGCCUUGCUGUCAGCACUGAUCAAUGGUGACACCAACCCUAGUUGAGAUUUGCUGUGCUGUGGAGUUCCUGGCUGGGAACACAAGUGCCAACUCCCUGGGACCCUGGGUGCCUUAGCACCCAUAAAAUUCCACAUGAAGGGGCCAGGCACCCACAAUUUUUGGUGCCAGGGCCAUGUAUGCUGCAUAGCUCCCACACACUGGGCACCCACAGUCGUGGGGCCAAGGUGGCACUUCUGCAGUAGUGCAGCUAGUCCCUGUGCAAAAUGGCCUUGCAGCAAGUAUGGAUUUUAUUCAUGAGCCACCUUGACUUUGUUUUCAAACCCUGUAAAACCAAUGCCAGUCAGCAUGGACAAUAAUGGCUAGAUGUUCCUUUGAUCUACCUUGGUAUAAGGCAGCUUCCUACAUUCCUAACAGUGGGGAGAGAAAUUGGCACUCUGCAGCAAGCAGGUGAAGCAGUGGUGGAGGCAGAUGGAAUCCUGGUAGUGUUGCUGCUCCAAUUGAGCCCAGCAAAUACCAGCUGUAGAAAAGGAGCCCUUCAACAGUGCUCAAGGGCUGUAGUGUGGAAUCAACCCUUAAAAGAGAGCUACAAAAGUCAUUCAAAAUCCCAGGAACCAGCAUAAUAUUUUAGAAACUCAGCCUCAAGUUUUAAGAAAGAGUCCUGCAAAAAGCAAGUAAGCAUUACAACAUUAUUGUACUAUCAUCAAUUUUCUAGGUACCCAAGCACCUGGAUUUCCUACCUCACCUCCACCUACAGGAAAAGUGGCUACAUUGCUACCUUCUAACUUGAUGGAUGGUCAAAAAUUGAGUGUGGCCACCUCACAGUUGGCAUGCCAUACAUACUCCCCCCACACGUUUUGCAUACACAUCACAUAAACAGCAGAGCAAGCACGAACAGAAUCAUAGAAUUGUAGAGUUGGAAGGGACCACGAAGUUCAUCUCGUCCAACCCCCUGCAAUGCAGGAAUCUUUUGCCCAACAUGGGGCUCAAAUCCAUAACCCUGAGAUUAAGAGUCUCAUGCUCUACCAACUGAGCUAUCCCAGCAGGAUAAUCACAUGCAUAUUGCAUACAUACUAGGGAACACACAUGUACAUACAGAGAGAGGCACAUUGCAUACAAUGGAUGAAUCUGGUGAGCAGGGAGGGAGAGAUCUGUAUCCCAAUCUCUCUCAAGCCCUUCAGAAAGUGCUUGCUGAAUGCUGCAGAGGUGCUCCACAAUGAGGAAGCAGCAGAGAAUCAGAUUGUGGGGGUGGGAGGUAGGGGCCUGUCAUUGCUACCACCACCAAAUUGUGAAGAGGGGAGUAAAAAAAGCCUUUGGGGGCUGGAUAUGGCCUGGGGGGCAUAAGUUAGUCAUUCCUGGCCUAGAGUAUAACUAAACGUCUGUAAACACUCUUUGAUGGUGAUCUAGAACAAGUGAUUUGUGGAUAAUAGUUUGUGGAUGUUCUGUAGAAUACAUUAAAUAUUGGCUUUCUUUGGUGGCAGUAUGUAGAAAAGCAUGGGUGGAGAGAUAAUAAAUAUUUGGGUCAGUAAGUCAAUGAACAGAAUUAACAGAUGAUCACAGAGAACAGGACCCAUAAGAACUCAGUUUGCACAGUUGAUUAAUUUGGGACCAUAAUAUAAACACAAAAGCACAACUUUUUGCACUGACAGAAUACUAGUUCACAGUUUGUGUAGAAGAGAUAAAACUCCACACUCACUUCCUCUGCCUUGAGCAAUAGGAAUACUGGUUUUGAUAAAGUUCCUUUCAUUUGGAAGAGUAACCACUGUAGAAAUGUGGUGUUCUUGCACAAAUCUGCUUAUUUUAACAAGUUUUACAAGUAACUAGGUAUGGGGGAAAGAAUACAAGGAGAAGGAAAAAAGAUAAACCAAAGCGCGGAGAUGAAGAAUUUCACUUGUUUGUUCUGGUGAUGAUGUCAUCAGCAGUGCAGGACCCGUCUCUAGGCUGUUUUCCUUCUGCUUAACUUUUUCACUGAUCACCAACUUGUUGCUCACUUACUCAAGUCAUAUUUUCUGCUUAGGCCUGUGCUCCCUUGGGAAGAAAACUGUGGUGAAUGAUCCUGGGAAUGCCACUGCCUUAUUUUUCGGUGAGAAAGUGAAAGGGAAUCCUGGAAUAGUAAGGACUGUCUCUGUCUACCAGGGAGAUAACAGGAACUGGUGGUUUAUGGUGCUUUCGGUGUGGAGCACGUCCAUACACACAGCUGAGCCGAAGUGAAAGGAAGCUCUCUUCCAAAGUGAUUACAAUUGCAUGGGCCAUAAUGUUGGUGGCAUGCCCGCUAGCCUUAUCCCUGUAGCAUUAGUGGCCUGGCCACAUUGCUUGUCCACACACUAAAGCUGAAAGUCUGAAGUAGGGAGCCUGAUGUUCAUGUGUAGCCUCCCCAUGUGAUUUAGAAACCCAUGCAAUCAAGGUUCUAAAUAAUCCAGAGAAUCUACAUGCACAUAGUUGACUUGACUUCAGUCCCAACACAUGGACAGCAGCAGGGCCAGGCCAUUGAGGAUGUGCUAUGGGGGGCAAGCCAAGUGAGUGUGAUCCUGUUUCCCCCUUGACUGUAAUCAUGUGAGGGCUUGUACAUCUGAAGAGGGUUUCACAGGGUGUGCAUUCAGAUAUCUAUCAUCUUCCUUGCCUCCCUCCAUGGCAACAGCAAUUCUUCUGUCAUGUGAAUGGAGGCAGAAGGAAUGAGCUGAGCCAGCUCUGGAUCAGCUCUACCUCCUGCAAAGGAAGUAUAGCUCUACCUUUUCCACCCCUCAGUCCCCAACAUUUCAUCACACUUCUAACCAAAGACAGGAGCAGCAUGAUUCUCAAAGUCUGGGAUUACUGGAAUCACUGGAGACAGGGGUUUGUGAUUGAUGGGAAAUUCCAAAUGGGCACUGAGAGCAGAUUAUCUGAGAUCCCACCAGCAGUAUAACCACAGCCCUGCCUCUAUUACUUCCCCUCCUUUGCUGGUCACUACACUGGAGACCCAGAGCCACUGAGUGUCUCAAGUAUAGUCACACUGUUAUACAGAAGUCCAGAAGCUUUGCUUUGAUGGUGAUUUGCAGAUUGAAAUAUAUACUCUAGUAAAGUGCUUCUUAUUAAGAACAUAGGAAGAGUCUGGCUGCCGGAUCAGGGUAAAGGCCCAUCUAGUCCAUCCUGUUCUCACAAUGGCCAACUAGAUGCUUAUGGGAAGCCUGGAUUCAAGUGCAGAUAGUAUUCAGUGACAUACUAGGUGGUACUCAACUAAGUUUUGCUCAGAGUACUCCCAUUUAAAUUAAUAGGGAUAAUUUAGUCAUGUUCAUUAAUUUCAAUAGGCCUGCUUGGAGUAAAACUUAGCUGAAUAAAUACCACCCCCAAUGUGUUUGGGGGUGUGGGGGUGUAAAUAAAUACACAUGUAAAUAAAAACACAUGUAAAAAUGCAUGUAGAUAAAAACAAAAAACAUAUACACACACAUGCACACUUCUGUUCUGCAUGCCAGUCAUUUAAUUGCUAAAUGCAACAUACAUAUUCUUCAUGAGGUAAAUGUAUUGUGUUUUCUGUCCAGAACCCCCUUAAGCUCUAAGUUCAGUGGCAAAUAUUGAUUGUAUUUCCACAUCCUCAUAUUGGUUUGUACUUUGACCAUUCCUACCCACUUUCACUUUCACUGCUAAUUUUGAACCUUCGAGGAGGAAUUUAGUAUAUACAUGUAUUUACAAAAGUCUAUCCUUGUUUUCUAACAUUCUUUGGAAAGCUACAUCCUAAAAUAUUGCAAUUACCUUUUUUAAAAAGUACUGCCAGAGAUAGUUUUGUGGCUCUAGUUUAGCCAUGUAAUGAAGGAUUUUUCUUAUUUGUGAAAAUCUACAUUAAAAAUUAACGGUUAAUAAGCCAUGUCAAUCUUUAGAAGAGUUUUACAUAACUGAACAAGUUUGACAUAAAGAUGAGGUAUAAAGCAUAGCCAAAGUGAAAAUAUUAUUCCAUGGAAUUUUAAGAUAAAAGUAUAACUUUUAUAUAGAGAGUGUGCAGAACACAGAGUAGCUAUAUCCUAAUGCUUUAACUUUUUUAGUUAACAAGUGGCACAUAGACACAUUUUACUCCUAUCAUGAGGAUUGAUUAUUCUAACACACAUUAGAGACUAAGAACUCAGAAACAGAGAGUGGUAAUUAUUAGGUUGCCUUGUACACUGAUAGCAGCUUUCUAGAGAUUCAAACUAGAGUCUUUCCCAUCCCUGACAGGAUAUGCCAGAAAUUGACCUGGAACUCUGCCUCUAUUCUACUACUGAUCUAUUGUUGAAAAAUAAUAGGAACCCCAAGAUGCAUAUUUACAAACCUUCAAUAACAUUCCCACAAUUGUAUUGUUGUGCUGACACUUGUGGCAUGUUAAAGUCCUGUAUGUUAAUAGUUUUCUUAAUAAGUAUUUCACAAACUUCUCUGCUCUUCACAGUUAUCACUGCAAGUUAAAGGGGAGAGUUUAUAAUAAAGAUACAUUUUUUUAAAGGAGCAUGGCUAGCAGUCCAGUUCUAUGCAUUUGUGCAGAUGGUGUGUCUGCAAUAGCAUCAUAAUAUCACCACAUCCUAAGCAGUUACAUCCCACAUCCUAAGCAGUUACAAACUGAUGCAGCAAGUCAGGAAUGUACCACUGAAUCAUAUGCAACUUAAUUUCCUUUUAAAGUGUAAUUUAAACCCCAACAACUUUUAUGCUAGGGUAACCAAAAUAUUGGUCUGUGGAAUCCAUUAAUUAGACCUUCACCAGCACACACUUCUGAACUAGUGGCAUAACAUCCACAUAGUUACUUACACAAAAGAUAGCAGGAUACACAUAUUUCUCUCAAAUAGGGAUCAAGAGGACUGUCUGCUUUCAUAUAGUAUUUCACCUGGCCCUCAUUGCUUAUCCUGAACUGCUGAUUUGUGGCCCCACCCCUAACUAAUUCACAAAUGUUUGAACUCUAGCAGGCAUGGCCAAACUUGGCCCUCCAGCUGUUUUGGGACUACAAUUCCCAUCAUCCCUGACCACUGGUCCUGUUAGCUAGGGGUGAUGGGAGUUGUAGUCCCAAAACAGCUGGAGGGCCAAGUUUGGCCAUGCCUGCUCUAGACCAUAGACCUGAAUUCACAUCCUUGGCACAUCAUUCUGUACACAUGAGAACAUUUGAUUUCAAGCCGGAUACUAUAAUUUGUACCAUUACCACAUAACAUCACUGAUGUUUUUCAUUCUUUCCAAUUUUAUUUUCAAACAUAAAUACUAAUUUAGUCAGAAAUCUCAUAGAAGCGGUUCAUAAAAUUAUCUGUAGAAUUUCAGUCAAGAGUCACACUAAGGAUAGUGUUAUGUGUUGCUAAGUGACUGUGGGUAUCAAGUAUAAAAACUUUAAACUAAUUAUUGUCAGCCAUUUGGCAUAUUUCUCUGUCUUAUGCUUUCAAGUAAAGCCUCUUGAUUAGGCAUCAUUUCACUGUUCUCAUAAACUGCAGUUUGGCCUUAAUGAAAGACAGCAGAUGACAAAAGAACAACAGUGGGAAGAGUUAGCAGAGGUACAGUAUAUUAUUCAUUGAGCUGCACAUAUAAAUACUCCACUGUGUGUUGUCCCACUGUAGACCUAAAAUGGCCGUAUUGCAGGAUGUUGUUGCCUGGUGACCAAGAGUGCAUCUCCUACACCACAGAGGGAUGUGAAAACAGGGAGACUGAUUUGCUCCUUUUGCUCUCCAGAAGACUGAGAUACUGA